CUACCAUUUGGAAGUCUGAGAUAUGACCUUAACAACACAGCUCAGUUGUCCUCCACACCACUGCAGGUCCUGUUCUACCUCAACGGCUGGUAUUUUGCUGCCUACUUCCUUGCUGAGGGUCUGAUGUUUGUUUACAAAGGUUUGUAGUCUACUCAAAUGGUCACACAAGAGACAUAAACUAAUGUUUAAUCAAUCACUCACUGCCUGAUGUUUUGCACACCCAGUAUCAGGCAAAAAAUAAAAUAUUGAUUUCUAAAUAUGCCUUUCUACAGGAUUGUUGCUACCAUACCCACCAGCUAGUCUCACGUUGGACCUUGUGCUACUACUUGUUUUCCUUGGCCUGGAGUCCCUCCGAAUAUUUUACGGUUUGUGUUUCGUUAAACUGUAUUGUGGGCAGCUUCUGCAUCAUCACAUGUGUUCAUUAAAAUAAGAUUCUUCACAUUAUGUAGCCUACAUUGUUGUGUGCUUUAUCACUUGUCGUAUUUGUUGCCUUUAUGGCAUCUGGUAGUUCUAUUUGGCACCUACCGUUAGGCUUAUGCAUUAUGUCCUUCCUUGUGAUCAUGUGCUAACGUUUUUUUCCAUCCACACUUGUCCCAGGUUGGAAGGGGAACUUAACAGAGCGUUCUCUGGCCAUGUCAGUGAGUGUGCUGGUCCUGGUGCCGUGCACGGUGCUGUCUGUGUACUACUUGAUGCUGCAGACCUUUGUCCUGCGCCUGGAGUUCAUCCUUAAUGCUGUGUUACUCUGCUUCUACAGUCUGGAGAUGCUGCUGGGAAUCAUGUCCAUAUCUGCUUUCUCCAGGUAGGAGAAACAUGGCAUAGCCUGGGUACCAGUCUCUUUCUCCAGGUAGGAGAAACAUGGCAUAGCCUGUGUACCAGUCUCUUUCUCCUGGUAGGAGAAACACGGCAUAGCCUGGGUACCAGUCUCUUUCUCCAGGUAGGAGAAACAUGGCAUAGCCUGGGUACCAGUCUCUUUCUCCUGGUAGGAGAAACAUGGCAUAGCCUGGGUACCAGUCUCUUUAUCCAGGUAGGAGAAACAUGGCAUAGCCUGGGUACCAGUCUCUUUCUCCUGGUAGGAGAAACAUGACAUGACAGUAGCCUGGGUACCAGUCUCUUUCUCCUCUCUUGCCAUCUCCUUAUGGAAUUUACAUUUAAAGGGUUGGCAAGAGAACAGAAACAAACUGGCACCCAGGCUAUGCAUGACAUGCUCUUCUGUCUGGACUGGGGAGAUUCCUUGGUUUUAGGCCUCAUCAAUUGUUGAUUAUUGAUCAAUUAAUUUGAAUUUAACCUUUAUUUAUCUACACAAGUCAGUUAAGAACAAAUUCUUAAAUACAAUUACAUAAUGAAAGUAUUAUGCUUUGCUCUGAAACUGUGACCUUGCAUAAUGUUUCACUGUAAAGGUCCUAUAUAAGUAAUGAUGGAUGUAACCUUGCUUAACAUUUAACUGUAAAGGUCCUAUAUCAGUGAUGCUGGAUGUGACUUGAUGUGCUCAGUGACCCUGCUCAGUGUUUCAUGCUCAUCAGUUUUUCCUCCAUUUUGCUUGUCAGGUCAAAGGUGUACUAAAGAAGAUGAAUUCUGUAGUGUUCCACAUCAUUUCAAGAGGAAUGAAGAAUGGAUUGUUCUGUGAACAUAUUUAAAUCCCACAUGUUGCAGUUUGAGUGUUUUUAUAUGAUCUGUUAAUGGCUUAAUAUUUAUUUAUAUUUUUGUAGUGAUGAAAUGUCACCUUUUUAACUUGUUUUUGUAUCAACUGUCAAUCUUGUGUGUUACUAGCAACACUAAUGGAAUUGUCUUAUGAGGGUAUUCCAUGUGCUGUACCUGAUAAUGGAAUAUAUUUGUAUUGUUUUUGGGGGGGAUUCAGAAUUCUGUAUUUAAUGAUUUAC